AUGUCGUCCGCGCAGAAGAGUGAUGCAAAUGACUUACGAGCAGUGCAGAACGCAUUCCAGAACAUGAAGGUGGAGCCGACCAAGAGCACCGACGAGACGACCAAGAAGUCUUACACGUACAAUGCCGAGCGCGUGCUGGGCAGCGGCUCCUUCGGUGUCGUGUACCAGGCCGUUGUGGUUGAAACAGGUGAGUCGGUCGCCAUCAAGAAGGUCUUCCAGGACAAGAGGUACAAGAACCGCGAGCUGCAGAUCAUGAAGGAACUUCGACACCCCAAUGUCGUGGAGCUGAAGCAUGCCUUCUAUACCUCUGGCGAGAAGCCUGGUGAGACUUACCUGAACGUGGUGAUGGAGUACUGCUCCGACACCGUCUAUCGAGUCAUGAAGCAUUACACGAAGAUGAAGCAGCCAGUGCCUCACAUCUUCGUUCAGCUCUACUCCUACCAGAUGGCUCGUGCCUGCGCAUAUAUCCACGCCGUUGGAAUAUGCCACCGGGACAUCAAGCCUCAAAACCUUCUGGUGGACGGUCACACGCAUGCCCUCAAAGUGUGCGACUUCGGCUCAGCAAAACCUCUAGUGAAGGGAGAGCCCAACGUCGCAUACAUUUGCUCGCGCUACUACCGAGCGCCCGAGUUGAUUUUCGGUGCCACAGACUAUGGAUUCGUGAUCGACAUCUGGUCGAUGGCUUGUGUGUCAGCUGAGUUGAUCCUGGGCCAUCCCAUCUUCCCAGGGGAGAGCGGUGUCGAUCAGCUCGUGGAGAUCAUCAAGGUGCUGGGCACUCCGACGAGAGAGGAGCUCAUGGCAAUGAACCCCAACUACACGGAGCUCUUGUCGGGUGCAAUGGAGCAGCUGCAGGCACUACAGCGGAAGAGCGCCUUUCUCCGGAUACUCCAGGAGACCUGGGCUGACGCGUCGAAGCCGGAGCAGGAGCUCUUGGCAGAGACCCUUCAAGCCGUCAUCCUGGCUCUGCAGAGUGCUUUCGGGUCGGAAACAACCUUGCAGCGGCUUGGCCUUCUCGGCCGAUUCUUUAACCUUGUUGGGGAGCCCAACCUGAGCAAUCUCGUGUCUUUGUGCUCAGAAACUGCGAAGCUCUCCGAAGCAGGAAGGAUUCAUGACCAGAAACGCCAAUGCGAUGUGUCGAUCGAAGGCGUAGACUUGGCACAGUCGGCUCUGGAGGAUUUCGUCAAUUCUUACUACAUGUUCCACGGCUUGAACUCGGAGAGCACUCGAGAUGUUCUGAAGUACCUUCCCGUCCUCGGAUUUGUGGAGAGCCACAUCUACGGUCUAGACCAGGCCAACGAGGACAGUUUGCUUCCGCGAGAGGGGCAUUUGCCAACACCUCGGGAAGCUGAUCCGUCCGUGGAGGACCCCUUCGGGCCUUUGCGAGGAAUCCUGCGAGAACGGCAAUGGCUCACGGAACGGCUGGACCGGGAGUUAGACGAAGGCGCCCGAUUCUGGGCCUUAGAGCGAAAGCUUUGCACCGUACUCGCCACACCAAAAGCUCAGCGAGAACAGAAUUCGAUCAACCGCUGCGAUGUGGAAGAAGCUCUGCGCUUGAAGUCUUUCGAUUAUCGUACCAUGAACCUUUUGCUCUAUAUCAUGAGAGGUGAGGAGCCAAACGAGGAACAUAUGAACUUUCUGGCAACAUCUGAGAUUCUUGUGGAGAUUGGGGAUGACCUUGUGGACUACUUUGACGAUGUUGAGAGAAACUCCUUCAACUUGUACCGGUGCUUUCUGGCGAUGUUCAAGUUUCCGCAGAUCAAGCCCCACCCGUGGCACAAGGUCUUUCGGGCCCGAACUUCGGCAGAUGCCGUCGACUACAUCUCGAAGCUCUUGGUUUACGACCCGAAAAUGCGGCCAUCUGGGCUUCAGUGCUGUACCCAUGCGCUCUUCGAUGACCUCCGUGACCAGAACACACGCAUCAGCAGCACCAAGCCCUUGCCGGAGCACUUGUUCGCUUUUGCGAAGGAAGAGGUUGCGUUGAUGGAUCCUGAACUACGACGAAAACUCAUCCCAGCCUGGGCAGAGGCCCAGAAACCCUCUCAAUGA